AGGCGCGGCCUCUCUCUAAAAAAGAAGAUAUGGCGUCUUGGUAGUCGAGAUUAACCACUUGAUUACCCACGUUAUUUACGGGUUGAUUCUGUUGAGUGAUUCCCCGCAUUGGCCCCCGAAAUAUGCAGUUUAUUGGAAUGUAACCCACAAAAAUGACAAGUGCACGGAAAAGUCCCCUUCCGGAGCCCUCUAACAAGUACAAAAGAAGAAAACAAGGUACAGAAUACAAUCACAUGGGAGUUGAGACAAAAAUCAAUACUGUGACUUUAAAGGAAUUUGAUUCCACAACGCAAACUGAUGUUAACUCUAUGUCGACUAUGGUAGGUGCUGAGACCUUAUAUCCAGACCAAACACUAGAUGACUUUAACUCUGUUUGUGUCAAAGUCGAGGCUGAUGAAUGGUGUAAUAUAGCUGCUUGUUUUUAUGCUGGGUCUACCAAAUCAGAACAGGUUCUAGGGAAAGAGAUAUGUCAAGAAACAGACACAUUCCAUGGUAGAGGAAAGCGUGAGGAUCUUUAUAUCCCCUGUCCAGUAAAGACCCUACAAGGUGGCAUCAAGAAGGAGCCAGUGUUGGAUGAAAUACAGGAUGCUGGUUAUAAAUUCCCUGAGGAACACAGGCUAAGGAACCUAAAAGAGUUGCCACUGAGCGAGUUUGGUUCUCAAGAAGUUUUCCAAGAUUUUGCAAAUGGGCAGUUUACUCCAAGUGUUCAACAUUCUUCCUCUGAUUUGACUCCUUUUCAUUUGGCUUUAAAAACUGAGGCAAAUACUUUGAGCACCUCACCGGUUCAGGGUUUGCCUAUGAAUGUAAGUCCUUCCAUAACUAGCAGGUUAGUAACAGCUGCCAGUUCUAAAUCUACUGAUGCUUGGGAUCAAAAGGAGUGUGAUAUAUCCAUUAAAAAAGAAGUUCCUACACAUCAGCUCAUUGGUUUGUCAAGUGAUGUAACAGAUAGUAUGGAUCAAACAGUUGCAAUAUUACCAACGAAUGAUCCGCAUGCUCCAAUGCCUGUAAUCAGCUACAAUUCAAAGUCAAAUCUAUCUCAUAACAAUUCUGAAAGUCAUAGCAAUAAAGUGCCUUGGUCGAUCAGUUCUAAAAUUGAAGAAGUUGCCAUGACAUCCAAGGUAGUGAAAUCCAAUGAUCUGUUACUAGAGUCUGGUGAUGGUUCUUCUGGUGACUUUGAAGAGAUAUUCAUUGAAAGAAACAAAGAGACAAACAAGAGCUAUCCUUCAACCCUUCCAGCACCAAAGAAGGUUCGUGGUUCUUCGAGCUGUAUGAACCAGGAACCCCUAGUUGAUGACAACUUGCUCUACUGUGUAGAAUGCAACAAGGAGUUUGAAGGGGACUGCACUGUCCAUGGACCCUACAACUACAUACGGGAUAAAGAGGUACCAGAAGUGGACACCAGUAGAUCUUUCCAUACCUUGCCAGAUGACCUUGAAAUUAAAACCUCAACAAUAGUUGGAGCUGGUCUUGGAGUAUUUUCAAAAGUUGGACUGGAGUCCAGGAUCAUGUUUGGACCGUAUGAUGGCACUAUCAUCACUGAGAACCCUAAGUCAGGAUAUUGCUGGCAGAUCUAUAAGGAUGGCAAAGCGAUCCACUAUGUGAAUGCCCAGGACAAGACCACCUCUAACUGGAUGAGAUACGUGAACUUUGCAAUGAAAGAGGCAGAUAAGAACCUUGUAGCAUUCCAGUACAAAGGAGGCAUCUAUUACUGCACAUUCAAGCCACUUUCAUCAGGGGAGGAACUGCUAAUGUGGUAUGGAGAUGAAUGCGCAAGGGAACUUGGCCUUUCCAGAGAAGAUGGCCUUAUCAGAGACAAGAAUUUGCAUUUCAGACCUAAAUAUGUCAAUGGAGAAGAAUUUUUCCAAUGUGUGUACUGCAAGAUAGCAUUCACAACUGCAGUCUUUCUUGUUCGUCAUUUGAAGAGAAUGCAUGGUGGUGAUAAACUUUCAUCCAAAGAUCUGCAAGUUCUGGACCAGUGGCGUGGAAAAAAUGAUCAUCAAAAUGAUCAUAAUUAUUCAAAACAGAUAAAUCCUACAAGCAACGAAAGACAUCUGAACAGUAUUACAAAUGUUACACAUAAUAAAAGUAACAUUUCACACAGUGUCUGUGAACAGCAACUAACAAAUGCAAUAUUACAUAAGAAUAACAAUGUUGAGGUGUGUAAAUAUAAUAGUAAUAUCAUUAAUGGCAUUAAGACAAACAAGAGGAUACCUACAGGAAAGAAACUGUACAUGUGUGAGGUGUGUGGUUAUGCAUGUUACCACAAGGGUAACUUGAAGACACACAUAAUGAUACAUACAGGCGAAAAACUGUACAAGUGUGAGGUUUGUGGACAUUCAUUUACCCAGAGUAGUACCUUGAAGAAUCACAUGCAGAUACAUACAACAGAGAAACUGUACAAGUGUGAGGUGUGUGGUUAUGCAUGUAACCAGAGUGGUCACUUGAAGACACACAUGAUGAGACAUACAGGAGAGGGUCUGUACAAGUGUGAGGUGUGUGGUUAUGCAUUUAACGUCAAGUGUAACUUGAAGACACACAUGAUGAGACAUACAGGAGAUAAACCGUACAAGUGUGAGGUGUGUGGUUAUAAAUGUAUCAAGAAUAGUACCUUGACGACACACAUGAGGAUACAUACAGGAGAGAGAGUGUACAAGUGUGAGUUGUGUGAUUAUGCAUGUAGCCAGAGUUGUAACUUGAGGAGACACAUGAUGAUACAUACAGGUGAGAGAAAGUACCAGUGUGAGGUGUGUGGCUAUGCGUGUAACCAGAAGGGUAACUUGACCCUACACAUGAGGAUACAUACAGGAGAGAGGGAGUACACAUGUGAUGUGUGUAGUAAUGCUUUUUCCCAUAAAUGUUCCUUGAAGAGACACAUGAAGAUACAUACAGGAGUGUGAGUACAAGUGUGAGGUGUGUGAUAAUGCAUUGAAAGAGAGUGUUAUUGGAAGAGACACAUGUAGAUACAUACAAGAGAAAGACUGUUCAAGUGUAUGGUGUGUGUUAUGCAUGUAACUUGGAUUGUCACUGAAAGAAACACUUGCAGAUACAUACAAGAGAUCAAUUGAUCUCAACAUAAUUACUGCAUGUCAUAAAUAAGUUAAUAUUAAAUAAAUUAAAUGUAAUUA